AUGAAUAGUAAUAGUAGUAUUGAUCAAACUUUAAAUAUUAUAUCAAAAAGUACAGAUAAGAAUUUAUUGAAGGAGUUUUUAAAGAAACAUGAUUUAGCAACAACAAAAAAUAAUAGAAAUCAAACACUAUUACAUUUAAUAGCAUCAAAUGAUAAUAUUUCAGCAAUCAAAUUUAUAUUAAAGAAAAAGUAUGGUUUUUUUCAAGAUAAAAAAAUUCAAUUAGAUAUUAAAGAUAAAGAUGGUUACACUCCAUUAAGUUGUGCUGUAAAUCAAGGAGCAUUUGAAAUCGCUAAAAAAUUAUUAUCAAGAGGUGCUGACCCCAAUGCAAGGACUGAAUCAGGUUCUACUCCAUUGCAUUUAUUAUCAAAAUUUUGUUAUUCAAAUAAAUCAAUUAAAAUUGCUAAACAACUAAUUGAUUGUGGUGCAUAUAUUAAUCAUAAAGAUGGUAAACAGGAAACACCAUUACACAGAGCAACCAUGUUAAAUGAUAAUUUAGAGUAUCUAAAGUUAUUAUUGUAUCAUGGAGCAAAUCCAAAUAUUGUAGAUAGAAGAGGUAGAACAUGUCAGCAUAUAUCAAUUGAACAGGGCAAAGUGGAUUUAUUAGAGUUGUUUUUAAUGUAUGGUGCAGAUUUCAAUAAGCCAACACCAAUGCUGCCAUCACCAAUGGAAAUGGCAGCUGUAUCACCAUUCCCAUUGAUCAAACAGUUUUUCUUGGAAAGAAUUUCACAAACGGGUGAAAAUAUUUUAAUGAUUGAAAAGUCAGUGUUUUUGGGUAAACCAACUCAAACUUUUACGCAAUCAGGUGAUUCAUUUACAACUGGUUCAUCAAUUCAAUUGUAUACUGGUAAACUGUACAUUACAAAUUAUAGAUUAGUAUUUAAAGUUGAUUCUUUAUCAAAUUCUUCAUCAUCAUUUACCACAUCAUCAGCAUUUAACCCACUAUCACCAGCAUUAUUUUCAAAUAACCCAUCAGCUCCAGGUAGCUUUUUCCCAUUGUUGGAGGAGGAGGAAGAAGAGAUACCAUUAUUAUCAAUUUCUUCAUUGGUAACUGAUGAUGAAAAAGAUAAUUCAAACAAUUCAGGUGGCUCUGGUAAUUCAAAUAACAACAGUUCAAAUAAUAACGAGUCAGAAAAAAAAAGAGAAUCUAUUAUAGUACCAAGUAAUAGCAACAAUGAUUUCUUAACAAGUGAAAUUACAACAACAUCCAAUGGUGAUACCAUUUUAAUUGAUGAUUAUUUAAUAACAAAUGAAUCAUUAAAUAAUAAUAAUAAUACAAAAGAAACAAAAGAACUAAAAGAACCAAAAGAAAAAUCAUUUGGUAUUUUAAAUAAUAUAAUAAAUUUUGGGCACCAAGCAAAUUUAACUUUAUCAACUAUUGGUGGUCAAUUAACAACAUUAUCACCAAUUGGCAAUGGCAAUAGUAAUAACACCAAUAACGGAGGGUCAUUAUCACCAACUGCAGUAUUAUCACCAUCAAAUUCAACCAAUAAUUUACUUUUAAAUAAUAAUACAUCAUCAAAUAUUAUAAUGAAUUAUCAAUUAAUUAAUAUAGAAACUAAAGAUUUUAAACAAUUUAAAUUAUAUUUUAUGUCACAGUUUUUAAGAGAUAAAAUAUUAGAUUUAAUAAACUAUCAUUUCAAAGUUAAAAUAGAAAGAUCAAUUAAAGUAAAUUCACAAAACAAAACAAUACAGAAAAAGAUUGUUGAAGAGAAUAUCCAUAUGGAAGAUGAAUCAAGAGUGGAGCAUAUCGAUAGGUAUGAAUCGUAUGGAAUUUUUGAAGAAACAGCACCCUAUUUAUUUGCGUUCCUUUACAAGAUGCCAGGCUUCAAUUGUGUAAAUAGUAAUGGUUCAUUAAGUAGUAGUUUAAAUAGUGGCUUGGAUGGUUGGCAAAUAUAUAAUCAAAGAAGGGAGUAUGCAAGAUUUGGAGUCUUGUACGAUGAUCCUACAAAUCAUUGGAGAUUUACAACAUUAAAUAAAGAUUAUAGAUUAUGUUCCAGUUAUCCAAGUUCAGUAGUUAUAGCAAGCAAAGCUUUAGAUAGAGAUUUGGAAAAGAUAUUUGGUUAUAGAAGUAAAGGACGUAUACCUGUGCUCACUUGGAAGGACCCAAACAGCAAUGCCAGUAUUAGUAGAUGCUCACAGCCAUUGGUUGGUUUAGAACGUGCCCGUUGUUAUGAAGACGAGUUAUACAGCAACAUUUUGGCCUCAAUGGCACCAUCAAAGCAACUAUAUCUUAUUGACGCUCGUCCAAAACUUAAUGCUAUUGCAAAUGCGGCGGUCGGUGGUGGUUAUGAAACUAUCCAAUACUAUAACAAUUGUAAAUUAGUCUUUAUGAAUAUACCAAAUAUUCAUGCAAUUAGAAAAAGUUUAGAGAGACUCAUAUAUUCUAUGAGAAUACGUUCAGAUUCAGAAGGUUUGGAUUCUAAAUGGUGGGGUGCUGUAGAUGAAUCUGGUUGGAUAUCACAUAUUAAAUCUAUUUUAGAGGCUGCUACAUUUUGUGCAGAUUUAAUAACCAGGGGCAACUCGGUAUUGGUACAUUGCAGUGAUGGUUGGGAUAGAACUCCACAAAUCACAUCUUUAACUCAAAUUCUAUUGGAUCCAUUCUACAGAACUAUCUAUGGUUUUGAAGUGCUCAUAGAAAAGGACUGGUUAUCAUUUGGUCACAAAUUUUCAUUACGUUUAGGUCAUUUACCAGGCAAUGAGGAAGAAAGAUCACCAAUUUUCCAACAAUUCCUCGAUUGUGUAUUUCAAUUAUGUAAUCAAUUCCCAUUACUCUUUGAAUUUACACCUGCACUAUUACUAUUCAUUAGUGAUAAUAUACACAGUUGUAAAUAUGGUACAUUUUUAAACAAUUGUGAAAAAGAUCGUAUACCUGACCAAAUUAAAUCAAAAACUGUUUCAAUUUGGACUGAAGUCAAUUUAAAUGUUUCAAGAUUCUUAAAUCCAUAUUUUUUCCCUCAAGAUAUUCAACAAAUUCGACCAAAAUUAUUUUCACGUUGUUUAGAAUUAUGGAAAGCUUGUUAUAUGCGUGGUGAAUGCCGUGAUUUUUGGAUGUCAAGUAAUUGGUUAUUACAUAAUAAUAAUUUUGGUAAUAAUAAUAAUUUUUCAUUAAACUCAAGUAAUGGUAUUAGCAACAACAAUAGUAAUAAUAAUAAUACUAGUAAUAUAAAUAAUAACAAUAGUAAUAGUAAUAAUAGUAAUAGUAAUAGUAAUAAUAAUAAUAGUAAUAAUAAUAAUAAUAAUAAUAAUAAUAAUAAUAAUAAUAAUGGAAUAUUUAUUUCAAAUAAUAGUACUUCUAGUCAUCAAAGUAGUCAUUCACCAAUGUUGGGAUGUCAUAGACCAGUUUCAGUAAUAAAAGAUAACACCAACGAUGAUGAGGAAAAUAAUAACAACAACAAAAUCGAUACUGAUGGCAACAAUGAUAAUGACAAUAAUAACAUUAAAAUAAUAUCAUAA